ACGUUUGGCCUUGGUUCUGGAUUGUUUGAUAGCAGAUUUGAACACGUGAUUUGUUUAUCUAGUAAUUUUAUCCCUUAACUGCGUUAUUAGCAGGUGAAUAAUUAUUUUUGCGAAAUAAGAAAUCACAUAACCGCGUUUGUUUUCAAGACCCUAAUCUAAAAUGAUUAUUACUACUGUUGGAUGAUUUAUUUUCAUAUAAGGUUUUGGCGACAUGAUGUAAAUUCCGUUGGGUUUUCAGACAGAUAACAAGAAGUGUAACCUUAUUAAAACAGUUUAUAAAUGUGGACAAAUAUAAACUAUUGAAUGCAAUUGAAUUUUAAAGUUUUGCUUUGUUGUGUCUAUAAAUGUAACUACACAUUUCUGUUUAAAGGAUGGCUUCUAGUGCUCUUCAAAGAAAACCAGAUGUUGUGGAUCAACUUAACGAAUUAUUUGGGAAUGUUCUCAAUUUAGAUAUAAUUGAAAGUGUUGCGGUGUCUUGCCAGUAUGAUGUACACAAAUCUUCAAAUAAAUUGUUAGAACUCAGCAGCCAGUUCUCUCAUGGAGGUAAUUGUGUACCUUUACCUAAGACCAUGACAAUGAAUAUAAAAUCAUUUGCUAGUACUGGUGCAAUUAGUAAGUCUAAACCAAAAAAACAACAAGACAUUGAGGCAGCCAUUGCUGAUAUCUGCAAAGGUUACAAAGUUUUGGUUUUAUUGAGGGGUUUACCUGGUUCUGGAAAAAGUUACUUAUCUAAACAGAUAUUACAAAAUACAAUUGGCGGGACUUCCCAUUCACAUUUUCACAUUUUAAGCACCGAUGAUUUCUUUUAUAAAAAUGGACAAUAUAUUUAUGAUCCCCACAAAUUAAGUGAAGCACAUGGAUGGAAUCACAGUAGAGCAUUUCAAGCUGUAAGCAAAGGCAUCAGUCCAGUAAUAAUUGACAAUACAAAUACACAAAUGUGGGAAAUGAAACCUUAUGCAACAAUGGCAGUUGAUUUUGGAUAUAUUAUACACAUUUUGGAACCAAACAACCACUGGUGCUUUAAUGAUAAAGAACUUGCAAAGAGGAAUACACAUGGUGUGCCAAAACAAAAAAUUAGGGACAUGAUAGAUAGGUUUGACAAAAAUGUGACUACAGAAAAGUUACUCUCUGCUUACAGUCUUUAUUACAAGCCUUUACAAAGACCACCACAAUAUCGUAAAAUUCCCCCUAUCAAUAAUAUUAACAACCAUAACCUACAGGGUAUUAGUAAAUCUCAAAGUGCAAGUGCCUUAAAUCAGGAUACUUAUAAACCCCAAAGGAAUGUUGCGAUUGAGACAAUUAAUCUCAUGGAAUUUAAUGAAAUAUCCCCAACAGCCAAAGUUAAUACUGUUAGGGAACAUGAGAGCCCAACACUUGCUAGCUGGUCUAGUGAUCCUGUAGAUGAAAUUUUAAUGUGGAAUGAUCCAGUAAGUGCUACAAAAGUACUGAAACCAAGCAGUGCAAAAGAUGAUCAGGUGAUUCUCAUUGAGAGUGAUGUUCAAAAACAAAAAUCAACAGACAUUGAAUCUGCAUGGGGAAUUAACAUGGAAACUCUGCAGUCUUGGAAUGUGGUUACACCUCUGCAGACUCAACCAGCUGAUGCUGUUCAGAAUAUACCACUUCCUUCUUCUCAACCAGUUAUUGAAACCAGAGAUUCUUUUUGUAAUACUGAUGAUGAUGAUACAAAAUAUGUAAGAAUUAUAAUUGCCACUAACAGGGAUAUUAAUUUAGAUACACCCAACAAAAGUCCAGGUAUACCUAAAAAGAUAAUGGUUGAUAAAAGCUGUUUCACUGAAAGAAUUGAUAAUGAAGAUCACAUAAAACAAUUGAAAGUCUUAUUUCCAACAGUCCCUGAAAGACAUUUAAUUAGUUUAUACAGACACUGUAGUGGUGAUGUGGACUGGGCAGUGGAACUGUUGUUAGAAAAUAAAGAUGACCUUGAAGUGCUGCUGGACAAAGAUUGUGAUGAAACUCCAGAGAAUAUAGAAACAGAGCAGCCUGUUCAAAUAAUAUCUACAAUUAAUUUUGAAACUCCAUCUGAACCAAACAAAUCACCUGUAAAGCGGAAAUAUGUACAAUCACAAGAACUCAAGUCACAUUUAUUCUCUUGUAAACAAUAUAAGCCAAAAAAUAAUCACUCAACAUCUAAGGUUGAGACUACAAUGACUACUUCAGGGGAAGUAUUAAUGAUUGAUUCAGAUAUAGAAUUUGAUGAUAUUGAAUCAGAAAAAAGUAGUGAUUCUGGUGGUUGUGAAACUAUUGAGCUUAACUUAGGUGAUUCUUUGAUCAAUCAGUUGGAAAAUAAAGUGGGCGAUCCAUGUAUUAAUUAUCCAAAAGGGUUUCAGCCUAUUGUCCAGUUACCAAUUGAUUUGGCCAAACAACUUUACAUGUUCUAUAUUGAAUCAGUUUAUCAACAAAUUGACGCUCAAAAAGAAAUUCUAAACCAGUUGGUUAAGGAAGAUGAAGAAUUGGCUAAAAAAUUGCAAGCAGAAGAACAACCAAAUACAUCUCCAUCUCAUACAGAGGGAGUCACAUUAAGUGGACAAUGGAAUAAUCUUACACCAGAAACAUUGGCUGAUAAGCUCACCAAACAAAAACUCUUUCAGACUUUUCCAACACUGGAUCGCAAUGUUCUGGUGGAAAUAUUAAAUGCACAUAAUAAUAACUACCAAGAAACUGUUGAAACCUUGAUAGCCUCAGCAGGUGAAGACAACAUUGUGGGAUGUGUGAAUGAGGCCAAGAAUCCGCCAAUAAAUGAGACGAUGAUGAAGGAAAUGAAGGAGGCACAUCAAAGUAGCCAGAACUUUGAGGAACCAGAAGGGAGAAAAGAUGCACAAUUUUACAGGGAGGAAGCUAGCAAAUACUUGAAGAAAAGAGAAGAGCUUCAUCAAAAGGCUCAAGGUUUUUAUAGUCGCGGUAUGAUAGAAGUUGCUCAAUUCUACUCCAAUCUAGCAUCCCAACAGACAAAAUAUUUAGAUACAUCAAACCAUCUAGCUGCUCAAACCUUUUUACAGGAACACUCGGAACGACUUCAGGACUUUAACACAUUGGAUCUGCAUUAUUUGUACGUUAAAGAGGCGAUACCAGCUCUAGAUUUGUUUUUAGAUCGGAAUAUAAAUCUACUUCAAGGAAGUGGGAAAAAUUACGAAAAACUGACCAUUAUUACGGGAAGGGGAAAACGCAGCCAUAUGGGUGUGUCGAAAAUUAAACCUGCGGUUAUUGCAAGGUUAAAGAAACGACGUUUGCGCUAUACACAAUUAAAUCCGGGACUGUUAGAGAUAAAAAUCACAAAAGAUUCUCUGGUAUCUAGUGACGUACCGUCUUAAGGUAUUGUGACUAAUAAAUAUGCAGUGUUUUAUUGUUGAAAGGUAUUGUACUUACCAUAUAUUUUUAGGUUUGUUAUUUGGUUUUAUUGAUGUUUUUAAGAAAUUUUAUGAAGAAAUACUUAAAUUUAUUUUAAGAAAUUAUUUUUAUUUUAAUAAUGUCAAUUGUGGUUGUGAUCAAUAGUUCAAAUUUCACGGUUUUUUUCAAUCGACCAUGAUAUAAUGACAUUAAAUUUUUACAGUGUAG